UGUUGAUAAAAUCAAUGAUGAUUAGAAUCAGGUUCAAUCAGCAAAAUGUAAUGUAAAAGCCAAAUGACUAUAAUAGUCCGUAAUUGAAGUCAUUUCAAUCAAAAACAACGACAUGGCAAAAACUAAAUUAAACGCACGGACCCGAGUCAAAUCAUUACAAUCGUCAGUGAUUGUUUUUCUUUUCCUUUUAGAACGGACCUUAUCACAUCGAAUGAGUAAAUUAUUCGAAAUUCUAAAAGGUCAUAGGCGAACAUUGAUGACCAGAAAACAACAAUCCGCACAAUCAUUGCUCAAACGAUUACGUUGGUUUCACCUCCCUCUUUCAUUCGCUGUCACUUUGUUAUUGUUGGGCCAGGUGCGCAAAUUUCGUAGAAAAAAUGGCGAUGAUAAUGCAUACAAACCAUUACCGUUCGAAGUAUCCAUGUAUCGAAUGCUUCCAUUACGGACAUUAUCUCGAAUGUGGGGAUGGAUCAAUUCACUUGAACUGCCACAACCGGUAAGAAUACCGAUUCUUAAAUCAUAUGCAGCUGCAUUUGGCUGUGAUAUAAACGAAGCGUUUAUCGAAGAUCUCGCCCAAUAUAAAAAUCUCAACGAAUUUUUUCGACGAGAAUUGAAACCCGGAUUACGACCGAUUGCAGGCAGCGAACAUGACGUCGUUUCACCUUGCGAUGGAAAAGUACUUCAUAUGGGUCAAGUCCAGAAUGGCCUUUUGGAACAGGUAAAAGGUAUCACCUAUACGAUUGAAUCAUUUCUCGGUCCUAUCACAUGGAAAUCAUGUAAUAAUUAUGAUCAAUAUGAACAAUGUCUGUUGCAACACAAUGACACCGAUCUAUAUCAUUGUGUUAUAUAUUUGGCUCCUGGCGAUUAUCAUCGAUUUCAUUCACCAGUCAACUGGACAGUCAAAUAUCGACGUCAUUUUCCGGGCAAACUGUACUCAGUACGUCCAACAUUUGCUUCAUGGUUUCCGAAUCUAUUUUCAGUCAAUGAACGAGUAGCAUAUGUGGGCGAAUGGCAAUAUGGCUUCUUUGCCAUGGUGCCAGUAGGUGCAACUAACGUAGGCUCUAUGCGAAUCUAUUUCGAUCCAGAUCUUAGAACAAAUCGUACACAAAUGUCACUUUUAUCUGGCCGAUAUGAAGACAAACAAAUGAAUGAUAAACAAAUUCACCUGCGCAAAGGAGAUCCAUUCGGUGAAUUCAAUCUCGGUUCGACUAUUGUGUUGAUAUUCGAAGCACCGAAAGCGAUGCGAUUCCAAAUCCAUCAAGAAAUGAAAAUUAAAUACGGUCAAUUGAUUGGUGUUACCAAAAAAUAGCCGUUUUAAGUUGAAAAAAACGGAUAGAUAAAUGAUUCAAUAAAACAAAUACUACUAUAAUUUACAAAUUA